AUGUCAGGUCCCGUACCCGAGGUGACUGCCCUGCAGGAUAUCUACACGCAACACGCGCUGCUGGACCAGGGCGCACGAUGGAACAAGCUCCUUGAGAAGUUCCAGAGCCUCUACGGCCGCCCGGCGCAAUUCGUCUCCCGAUCGCCAGGACGUGUCAACAUCAUCGGCGAGCACAUCGACUACUCCUUGUACUCGGUGCUCCCCAUGGGCAUGACCCCCGAUGUCAUCAUCGCCGUUUCCACCGACCUCGAGCCGGCGAGCGAGGGCUCGUACAAGCUGAAGCUUGCCAACCUGGACGAGGCGAGGUUCCCGACUCGCGAGUUCGACGUGGCCCACGGCGAUGUCGAGAUCGAUGCGACUCAGCAUGAGUGGACAAACUACUUCAAGGCGGGCCUCCGUGGCGCUCUUGAGCUGCUGAGAAAGAAGCAUGGGGCCGACUUCAAGCCCAAGAGCAUGCAGGUGCUCAUGGAUGGCACCGUGCCUGCAGGCGGCGGGCUGAGUUCCAGCGCUGCUUUUGUCAGCGCCAGCGCACUGGCAGUCAUGAUUGCCAACGGAGAGAAGAAUGUAGACAAGAAGGACCUGACCGAGGUGGCCAUUGUCAGUGAACGAGCUGUCGGCGUCAACUCCGGAGGAAUGGACCAGUCUGCUUCCGUCUUCUCCGAGCGAGGCUCCGCCUUGCUCGUCUCCUUCUCGCCGUCCUUGUCAGCCCGGCCUGUCUACUUCCCGAAAACCAACCCCGAGCUCAUCUUCCUCGUUGCACAAUCCUUUGUCACUUCCAACAAGCAGGUCACCGGCCCGAUCCACUACAACUUGCGCGUCGUGGAGUGUAGCAUGGCUGCUGCGGCCCUGAACGCGAAGCUAUGCCCGGGUACCACGCUUCCCAAGGAUGCAGGCCCGCUUGGUGUCUCCCUUCGAGGUUUCCAUACAAACUAUUUCAAGGAUAGCCAGAAGACAAUGGUUGAGCAAGUCACCGAGCUGAUUGAACUCACCAAAUCCACUCUGACCCAGGAGGAAGGCUAUACGUUGGAGGAGGUGGCUGCCGCCGCCGGCACAACGGUGGAUGACAUCAAGGCACGCUUCAUGUCCAGUUUCCCGGUCCGGGGCGAACGCUUCAAGCUGAGACAGCGAGCUCUGCACGUCUUUACGGAAGCCCUGCGCGUCUUGCAGUUCUUGACCUUGCUCGAGGACAAGUCAUACCACUCAAAAUCCGACGACACCACAGAUUUCAACUCUAAGCUCGGCAACCUUAUGAAUGCCACCCAGGACUCGUGUCGCGAGUUGUACGAGUGCAGCUGCCCCGAGAUCGACGAGCUUUGCACAAUCGCGCGUGAGGCUGGGAGUUAUGGUAGCCGUCUUACCGGCGCUGGCUGGGGUGGCUGCAGCGUCCAUCUUGUCCCGGCGGACAAGGUCGAGGACAUCAAGAAGGCCAUGGUUGAGAAGUACUACUCAAAACGCAACCUGGGUGAACGAGACCUAGAGGCGGCCAUUGUUGUGAGCCGGCCGAUGAAUGGAAGUGCUGUCUUCAAGUUGGAGGGCGGAAGAUUACCUUGA